AUGCAGCAUCCAACUCAUAAUGGGAACACUGGAUGUCACACUGAACAUAAGCCAUAUGCCUAUGAGAAAUAUGGAGAAAAAGAGAAGCCCUAUGAAUGUAAAUCAUGUGGAAAAGCAUUUGCUUGUCUCAGUUAUCUUCAAAAACAUGAAAGGAUGCACACAGGAAGAAAAUUCUAUGAUUGUAAACAAUGUGGCAAAGGCUUCAAAUACCACAGUUCCUUAAAAGCACACAAAAUGAGUCACACAGGAGAGAAACUCUAUGAAUGUAAGGAAUGUGGUAAAGCUUACAGUGGUCUCACAGCGUUAAAAACACACCAGAGGACUCACACAGGAGAGAAACCCUAUGAAUGUAAGGAAUGUGGGACAACCUUUAGAUAUUGCAGCUCCUUACAAAUACACCAAAGGUCUCACACAGGAGAGAAACCCUAUGAAUGUAAAACAUGUGGGAAAGAGUUCAAUUGUCUUAAUUCUCUUCGAAGCCAUGAAAGGACUCACACAGGAGGGAAACCCUAUGAAUGCAGGCAGUGUGGUAAAGCUUACCGCCAUCGCAUUUCUUUAAAGACACAUGAAAGAAGUCACACAGGAGAGAAACCUUAUGAAUGUAAAACAUGUGGGAAAGAGUUCAGUUGCCUUAAUUAUCUUCGAAAACAUGAAAGGACUCACACAGGAGGGAAACCCUAUGAAUGUAAGCAAUGUGGUAAAGCUUACCGCCAUCGCAUUUCUUUAAAGACACACGAAAGAAAUCACACAGGAGAGAAACCUUAUGAAUGUAAAACAUGUGGAAAAGUGUUAAUCUGUCUCAAUUAUCUUCGAAGACAUGAAAGGACUCACGGGACAGAAACCCCAUGA